AUGCCCCAGAUAAACCGCGGACAGUUGCUACUGUUCAUUAUUUUUCUCACGUUCCUGCUGCCCAGCGCCCCGCCCGAAGAGGCUGGCUACCUCUCGCCGGAGGAGCGCAAGCGAAUGCUGGGCGAUUUGAAAGAUACCAUCAGGACAGCAAGGACCGCAAUGACGACUAACGACUACGCCUCUGGGUACGGCAACGUUACAGGGUACAAAUUGAGCUAUGGAGACGCAGUGAAGGGCCGCAAGGCAGAGGACUGGCCGUUUCCGGACCACUCAGCCUUUUCAGAAGACGAAAACCACAGUAUACUGCCUAAUAAGAUCAGCCAACAAGCACGGGAAAUUUGGAGCCAUCGCGAUGCGGCUUCCGGAGCGUUUUGGCAAAACAUCACCAGCACGCUACGUGGCGAGUACUCCUUGCAAGACUCGUUUGUGCGUAUACCGAUGCCCAUACCCGAGUUCUACCAGAACUUGACGGAAUACAGCGACAUUACUAGCAACUCUACGAUCCAUCCUGGGAACGUCACAGAUGAACAGGGGCUCAUUGAAAUCACUCUGCGCAACUUCAACUACACUCCCGAGAGCAAAGAUUCCACGAUCGUGAGCAUGAGCGUGAAACUGAGCGAUCUGAACGAACAACACGACCACCAUCUGCGGCUCCAGGGGGCGUACCAUCAAGAGACAGGAAAUUUGGUCGCCGUCUCGAAUUCAGGCAAAUUCAACGGAAUAUAUGGUCUGCCGCAUCUGAAUCUUGAGGACGGCCGCUACUUCAAUCAGACGAGGGCGCUGAUGGAGAGCAGUGUCAACCGCACAGAUAUCGACUCGCUGGACAUGUCCUAUCUAGAGGACCUUCUUGGGAAGAGCGCCAACUGCGAAUACAUCGCAUACAUGCAUUUCGAGGCCACCAACCUGACUUCAGAGGAACUCGAGGUGAUAGACACCGAGCUGGAGACCCCGUUGGGACGUCCACAUAAACCCAUUCCCAAGAUCAAUCUGGUUUCUGGCCUCUUGUACUCGCCAGACUGCGGUUUGUCGAUCCAGGUGAACCAGGCCGUGGGACCGCGCGACGAGGUCCAACAGAACCAGAUCAAGAACGUUCUUCUCUUUGGGAUAGUGCUGAUGAGCGCCCAGAUCUGGCUGUUCAUCAAGCAGAUGGGCUCCACAAACACUCCGUCCACGAUGUCAUGCAUUUCUUUCUGGUCUGUGGCCACCAUCAACCUUGUCGACGGGUCCUUGUCGAUGAUCUCGCUUCUGUGCUCGCUCGUGAUGGACUCGCUGUACAUCCAGUUUGCCGUGUGUGCUUUUCUGGCCUUCACCUGUUCGUCUAUUUUCGAGAUGAGGUAUAUGAUACUCAUUUACGCAGCACAGAUCAACGAAAGAAACAUCAGCUGGAGAACCGCUUUCCAGGGCACCCCGAUAGACGAGCGCGAUAACAACACCGAGAACACGCAGCCCAACCAGCCCAACCAGCCCAAUCCCGUGAACACCCAAGACGAACAGGCCAUCAGCGGCCAGCUGUACAUGCGCUUCUUUUUUUCGCUGAUUGUGUUUUCCUUCCUGGUGCUAAACGUGACGCUGUGGCCGAAACCGCAGCGUGUCGGCUUUGAGUACCUGAUUGGACUCCUGAUGAACUCCUUUUGGAUCCCACAAAUUUAUCGGAACGUGAUUAGAGGCUCCAGACGCUCUUUCAGAAAAGAUUUCAUAAUAGGCACCUCCAUCAUCAGACUUCUGCCAAUCAUGUACGUCACGAUGUUCAAAAACCCGUUCUAUCACCACAAGGAUUACAAGCUCGUCGCAUUACUGACUCUGUGGCUGGCAUUGCAAAUAUUCAUGCUGUACCUGCAGGAGCUACUGGGGCCUCGCUUUUUCCUCCCCGACAAAUAUCUGCCCAAGACUUAUGAUUACCAUCCAGUUCUUUCGUUUGACGACCUCGAAAACUCGUUCAACGUCGAUCACGAGGUUGUUGACUCGUCGCAUUCACACUCGAGAUGCAAGAUAGACUGCACCAUUUGUAUGAACUCCUUCGAGGUUCCUGUUCUCCAUAGCGGUCAUGACAAGGAGGACAACAGCAGCAUUGGUCUGAUGGCUCGUCGCUCCUACAUGGUGACGCCUUGCAGACACAUUUUUCACACCGAAUGUCUGGAAAAUUGGAUGAAGUACAAGCUACAGUGUCCCGUGUGCAGAAAUAGUCUGCCACCCUUGUAA